GUCCUUAAUUGCUACGUCUGCGCUUUCUAUACGUUCUACGUAGUUUCCAGCUGCAGGUUUCAUAUAAUUAUUGUUAUUCUCUCAUAAGACAGCAAUUAUCUUUCAUAUCUUCAUCCAUCCCAUGUCUGACAUCAAAGUUGACGGUUUCAAGGCCUCAGACAUCAUCGUCGACCUUCACACUGCAUUCGACAGUUUCACCGAUGCACAGAGACAAGCACAAGUAAAGAAAACCAAGGGCAUCUUCGAGCUCCGAAUUACGAACGACGACAAAAAGGAGGCCGUCUGGACGAUCGACUUGAAAAAGAAGGGCGCCAUCUUGAAGGGACUGGCCUCGCCCAAAGCGGACGUCACACUCAUCAUGUCGGAUGAUACGUUCUCGCAGCUUGCUUCAGGCAAGAUGGACGGUCAGAAAGCUUUCCUCACUGGCAAGUUGAAGGCAAAGGGCAAUAUCAUGUUGGCCACAAAACUCGCCGCCGUUCUUCAGAUGGCCAAGGACAAGGCAAAACUGUAGAGUUGUGUCUACCGCUUGUGCUUGUGCUUUGGGCAAUGAGUACCAUCCUUCCGCGUUGCAAUGUGUAGAUGUGGAGUGGUGAUUAUUACAUAUAUGAACAUAUCCAUACAAGCUAGGAAAGUGGAAGGUCUGAAUGUUGAGCUCAGAACAUCCCUCCAAAAAGCCCACGUUGUCGACGUGGCGCGGGUUGAGUAUCUGUCCGAAGAGUCGACAAGCUAUUUAGUUGUUUCAUAACCUGACAGCGUCAUCAGUCGAAUACGUGGAAAAUACUAUUGUUUUACUCACUUCCUCGAGUUUGUCCUUACGCUCUUGUAAGUCGAGG